AUUUGACAUUGUUUAUAAAUUUGUUGAAAAAUAACACGAUUUUUUUAUCGUCACAGACCACGUUUUGAAAUAAAUAAUUGUUGAUAACUUGAUGUUUUUUGACUACGUUCUUGUUUAACUCUCAGAUGCGGUGCUUGGCGAGGAGUUGGACUAACCAAUUGUUACUUAAUGCCGGCUCCGGCUCUCGUGGCUCCUACGUCACCGCCAGGCAUGCGAGUGUCCAGCAGCCGGCCACCGAGCAGAAGGACGAUGCAGCCAGCGAGGCGGAUAGCAAUGGAUAUGGGACCAAACACUGCAUGGGCUUGGUGGAGAAGUACGACUACGAAAACUACCUGAGCACGCUCCUGCUUCCCCGGGAGUUGCGGCGAGCUGCCUUCGCCCUGCGGGCCUUCAACGUGGAGGUCUCCAGAUCAGUCAGUGGUCAUCAAAUCGAACCGCAAAUAGCCAAGCUGCGCCUUAAAUUCUGGUACGACUCGAUUGACAAGUGCUUCGAGGAGGAGUCCCAGCCAUCCUACGUAAAAGAUCAGCCGGUUUUGCGCGAACUAAAGCACACCGUGGGCAGUCGAAAGCUGAACAAGGUCUAUCUGCGCCGCCUGGUCACAGCCCGUGAGCGUCCACCCAACAAGGCCUUUGAGUCGGUUCGCGAAUUGGAAGAGUAUGCCGAGCAAACCUUCUCCUCGCUCCUCCUGCUCCUGGUUGAGAUAAGCGGCGUACGUGACCUCCAGGUGGACCAUGCAGCCUCCCACUUGGGUAAGGCACUAGGCAUUGCCACCCUGCUGCGAGCCAUCCCUCAUGCGGGGCGUCAGCAAGCCGUUUGUGUGCCGCUCGAGGUGCUUGUGCGGCAUGGCGUCAGCCAGGAACGUGUCAUUCGUGGCCGCAGCGAUGAUAAGGGCGUGGAGGAGUGCAUCUUCGAGGUAGCCAGUGCAGCCAAUACACACCUGAAGCUGGCCAGGAAACUACACGAUCAGGUGCCGCGACCAGUGCGUAAGAUCUUCCUCCCUGCCGUUGCAACCGAUGCCUACCUGGAGCGUCUGAGACGCGCUAACUUUCAGCUAACCCACAAGUCCUGCGUGGGACGCGACUCCCUGUUGCCGGUACGUCUCUACUGGAAGUCGCUCUUUAAUCGGUACUAAUUAAGCCAAAACAAUGCACCUGCCAGUUGGUAGUUAGUUUACUUACUAGUUUGGCUUAAUGCCUAGUUGUUGAUUUUUAAAAAAUAAAAUACCUGAUAGAUAA